UACCAAACCGAACUUAAACGUUGAAAGCUCUUUGUUACUAACACUUGUUUUUGGUUUUAAUGGCGUCGCCGGAAAUGAUCCGGUGGUACGCAAUCACAUUUACUUUUUGUGUACUUCUUCUUAUCUAUCCGUCGAUCUCUAUCUAUUGUGAUGAAGAUGAUUGCUAUGAUUUACUUGGGGUUUCUCAGAAUGCGAAUGCUUCGGAGAUUAAGAAAGCUUACUACAAGCUUUCUUUGAAACAUCAUCCUGACAAAAAUCCGGACCCUGAAUCAAAAAAGUUGUUUGUAAAGAUUGCUAAUGCGUACGAGAUUUUGAAGGAUGAUGAAACGCGUUCACAAUAUGAUUAUGCAAUAGCACAUCCAGAAGAGGUCUUCUAUAAUACAGCAAGAUACUAUCGAGCUUAUUAUGGUCACAAAACUGAUACCCGUGCUGUUCUUAUUGGUCUUCUUCUUAUUCUCUCUGGAUUUCAGUAUGUAAACCAGUGGACAAGGUACACACAGGCUAUAGAAAUGGUGAAGAAGACACCUGCUUACAAAAAUAAAUUGCGGGCAUUAGAGCUUGAACGCUCAGGAGGAGUAACUAAUAAGAAAAAGAAUAACAAGAUGGAUAAGAAAAUACAGGAGGAUCUGAGUGAAGAACUUGAGUUGCAGAUUAAGGGAGCUGAAAAGCCAUCUGUAUGGGGCUUACUUGGUGUUCGUUUUGUACUUCUGCCAUACACUCUCAGCAAGCUUCUUUUAUGGAAUGGCUGUUGGUUGUGGAGAUAUAAAGUUAAGAAAGCUCCAUAUUCUUGGGAAGAUGCCUCCUACCUCACACAGAGAUCACUUGGUGCGUCUGCAGAUGCCUGGAGAAAUCUAGAUGAAGCCACCAAGGAUGAUCUUAUUCAAAGACAACUGUGGGUAAAACCGAACAUGGAGAGCUACUUAUCGGAGAUGCGGAGAGAAUCAAAGCGUCGAAGAUAGAUGAUUUUGUACCAUUGAUGACAAUUUUGUUUCAGAAUUUGCUGAAAUGAAUUCUUUUCAUUUACUGAUGAAAUUUAUACCCAGUUGGCCAGUUGCAACUCUUGAGUGUAGAUCUAGAGCAUGUAUUCAAUUUUAUUUAUAUAUAGGGUUGUUCCAUUGAGGAAAUGUAGAAGGGCUCAAAGGACAUUUAUAGGCUUUUAAUUCACAAGUUAUACACAAUUAGGUUUCCGA